AUGUUAAAUUAUCCCAUCGAACAUGGUAUUGUGACGAAUUGGGAGGAUAUGGAAAAGAUUUGGCAUCACACUUUUUACUAUGAAUUGAGAGUUGCUCCUGAAGAUCAACCCAUCUUGUUGACCGAAUGUCCAUUGAAUCCAAAAGUCAAACGUGAAAAGAUGACACAAAUCAUGUUUGAAACAUUUUCAGUUCCAGCCAUGUAUGUGGCCAUCCAAGCUGUCUUGUCCUUGUAUGCUUCUGGUCGUACGACUGGUGUGGUUUUUGACAGUGGUGAAGGUGUCUCUCAUUCGGUUCCAAUCUAUGAAGGCUAUGCAUUGCAACAUGCUGUUUCAAGAUUGGAUUUGGCAGGUAGAGAGUUGACAGAUGUUUUACAAAAAAUUCUGAUGGAACGUGGUUAUUCCUUUCAUACAAGUGCAGAGAGAGAAAUUGUGAGAGACAUUAAGGAAAAAUUGUGUUAUGUGGCAUUGGAUGUUGAUGCAGAAAUGAAGAAGACAACAUCAUCAUCCAUGAAUGGAAUGGAUUCUUCUUCUGUAAUGAGCAUUGAAAAGCCUUAUGAAUUGCCAGAUGGUACGAUCAUUUGCAUUGGAAAUGAGAGGUUUCGAUGUCCUGAUGCCUUAUUUCAACCAUGUUUCAUUGGAAUCGAUAGUGCAGGUUUGCAUGAAACUAUUUUCAACUCGAUUGGAAAAUGUGAUCUUGACAUUCGAAAGGAUUUAUAUGGACAUGUGGUCCUGUCAGGUGGUUCGACCAUGUUUCAAGGAAUUGCUGAACGAUUGAAACAAGAAUUGACUCAAUUGGCUCGUGUUUCGAUGAGAAUUCAUGUUGUGGCUCCACCUGAAAGAAAGUAUUUUGUUUGGAUUGGUGGUUCCAUUUUGGCCUCUUCUUCUUCCUUCCAAUCCAUGUGGAUCACUAAGGAAGAAUAUCAGGAGGCUGGUCGAGGAAUUGUUCAUCGAAAGUGUUUCUAA